CUUUCUCCUUCGUCUUCUCUCUCUCUCUACUUUCUCUCUCCUCCAAAUCUUGUGACUUUGUCUGAAAUAAGACUGUGUGGACUCUCACACCAGAGCAGAGCAGAGCAGAGCAACGAGGAACAAGGACGAGCUUUUACCAAGUUUGAAUAGCGAAACAAGCACACAAUCUCAUCUGGCUCUGCUAUUCGUGUUCUUCAAUUAUGCUUUGGAUUGAUUUGGAGGUCACACCCAAAUCUUUGUUCUUUCUUUUGCUUUGACAUUGUCUGGAUUUUUUAUUUUUGUAGAUUGUAUGUGUAGCAUGUGUCAUAAUUGUGGUGCGGAACUGAACAAGCCGAAGGAGUCAAGGCAACUAGAAGAGAAUGCGAACACUUUAGAAAUUGGUUCGCAAGGCUCCAUUUCGUCUUGCAAAUGUUGUGAGGUUAAGCAUGAGCAAGAAUUUGAGCCAACUAGUGGAAGAAACAGUCCUUAUGUAGCACCAAUGAUCAGUUCAAUGACUUCUUUGUCUAGCAGCGAUCGAUCUGCUUCUAGCUGCAGUGAGAUUUCAGUUGAUGUGAACUUAUAUGAUAGGGCUAAUCAAGAAAAUGGAAAUAAAUCACAUUCACAAAUAGAAAGCAACCUAAAGGAAAGUCAUAUUUGUCAAGAUGGGCACAUGGUAAGUAAUGGUAAGACUCUACCAACGAGUAAUGGCCAAGACAAAAAAGAUACUGGUGUUGAAGCAACAGACAACUCCACUGAUGAAGAAAUUGAGGAUUCUCGUCCUUUUGAAGAUGAUGUUAAUCCCCAGAUUUGGGACCCCCCUGAACCAGAACAUCCAGAAGAUGAUUUGGUGGGCAGUGUGGCUUUCAAUGACGACGACGAUGAAUGUGGAGAUGGCACAACUUGGGGAAAGCCAAGUUCUUUGAGCCCUUGUAGAGAUGACAGAAGUAGAAACUAUAAGGCUGCGGAAAAACAGAGAGCUAUGGAGGAGGUGAAGAAUGGAAAGUUUAAGUCUCUUGUUUCAAAACUUCUUAAAUUGGUAGAUGUUGCCCCGUGUGGACAAGAUGGUGAGAAUUGGGUUGAUAUAGUUACUUUUUUGUCAUGGAAAGCUGCUGAAUUUCUAAAACCUGACGCCAUUGUUGGUACAAUUGAUCCAAAUGGCUAUGCGAAAGUGAAAUGCAUCCCAACUGGUGCUUGCAGUGAAAGCCAACUGAUUCAAGGGUUGGUCUUCAAGAAGCAUGCAGCACACAAGCACAUGCCAACUAAGUACAAGAAUCCAAGGUUGUUGUUAGUCCAGGGUGCUCUUGGCCAAUCCUCCAGUGGAUUGUCAUCAUUUAGUACUAUGGAUCAGGAAAAGGAUUAUCUGAAGUCUGUCAUUGAGAUUUUAGAUUUGUGCCAUCCAAAUGUGAUUUUAGUGGAGAAGUCUGUUGCUCGUGAUAUCCAAGAAUAUAUUCUGAAAAAUGGAAUGACACUUGUCUUUGAUAUGAAGCUCCAUCGGUUAGAGAGAAUUGCUCGUUGUACUGGUUCACCAAUUUUAUCAUUAGAUAUGAUGGCAAGUCAAAAGCUAAAACAUUGUGACUCUUUUCACAUUGAAAAAUUUGUUGAGGAACAUGCUGGUUCUAAUGAGGGAGGAAAGAAGCCAAGCAAAACAUUGAUGUUUAUUGAGGGCUGUCCUACUCGUCUGGGUUGUACGAUUUUGCUGAAAGGAGCGAAGAGUGGUGAACUGAAGAAGGUUAAAUGUGUAGUACACUGUGCAGUUAUUAUGGCGUAUCAUUUGAUACUUGAGACCUCCUUCCUUGUUGAUCAGAGAGCAAUGUUUUUUACAUUAUCAUCUGCUGGUGUAGCAAAAUUCAUGAUGACUGAAGAGCCAAAUGUACUGUCCAGGGAUCAAGAAUCCACUAGUCUAGACACUGAUGCAUGUUCUCCUUGUCUUGAGGCUUCUGCUGAAAGUGAGUCACAUAAUAUUCCAAUUUCCAGUGGCUUUAAUGACGGAGAUUUCUACAACUCCAACACUGAGUUAGACGGCAAUUCCCUGUUGUAUGAACCAUAUAGUCCUGCAAUGCUUUCUGGCUUUUCCUCUAUUUCAGCUUCUCUGAAGAAGGUUGUUGGCGAAAAUUUCCCUCAUGCAUCUUCUUCUUAUCAGUCCCUUUCAUCAUACCUUGGUUUCCCUGGAAGAGAGUCGAAUGAUCAGUUUACUGAAUCUGUUCCUGAUUUAACAUGUCCCAAGGGAUUUGAUCAUUAUGAGGCUGAAGAUAAGAGUAGUUCUGAUGAAGAGAAGUCUCUAAAUGUUGAACACUCUGAUUCUUCAAAUGAAAGCUCUGAGGCCACUCAAGAGUUGAAAAAUGAUGGUGACUAUGGUGAAGUGCAAACUAAGGAUGGCAUCAAUGGAAUGUGUUCCCAAAGUAUUUUGGUUUUAAUGUCUAAGCGGAAUGCCUUAAGAGGAACUGUAUGUGAGCAAAGCCAUUUUUCUCAUAUCAUGUUCUACAAGAAUUUUGAUGUUCCACUAGGACAAUUCCUGCUUGAUAAUUUACUUACUCAGAGAACUCAGUGCAAUGUUUGUGGUGAACGGCCUCAAGCUCACAUAUACUACUAUGCACAUCAUAAGAAGCAGUUGACCAUAAAGGUCCACCAGCUUCGUUCUGAAAAGAGUUUAAGUGGUGAAACUGAAAGAAAAAUUUGGAUGUGGAGUCGAUGUGGCAAGUGCAAACAUGGAGAUGGAGUAACAAAAUCUACGAAAAGAGUUUUGAUCUCUACUGCUGCUAGUAAAUUGUCACUUGGAAAGUUUUUGGAGCUUGGUUUCUCACAUCACUCAUCAUCCCAUAAAUUAUCUAGCUGCGGCCAUUCAUUGCAUAGGGACUUCCUCUACUUCUUUGGGUUAGGUCCCAUGGUUGCACUGUUAAGGUAUUCCCCAGUUGCCACUUAUACUGUGGCUAUGCCACCUCAGAAGUUGCAGCUCAGCCAUUCACUUAAGCAUGAUGUUCUUAGGGAUGAAAUUAAGAAUGUGUAUACAAAAGGUAUACUACUGUUUACAGAGGUUUCAAACUCAUUAAAGGAAGUUAAAUCCCAAUUUGAAGGCUUGUCUUUGGAUCUUCAAGGUUCUAUAAAAGAAUUUUCAGAUAUUGAGGAUAUGUUAAAGCAGGAAAGAUCAGAAUUUGAGGAAAAUAUCCAGAAAAUUUUCUCUAAGAAUGGUAAUUCAGACCAGGCUGCUUAUAGACUUCUCAGUUUGAACCGAUUACUGUGGGAACUUCUGCUAGCAUCCUGCAUUUGGGAUAGGCGCAUGAAUUCGCUUCUCUCUCGUGAUGUCGUCAUUGCUAUUUCUAGUGUCACUAGGAAAGCAAUUCAAGGACAAGAGAGCAAUGGCGUUGCAGAGGAAAUGAAGGCGGAUACUGAAGUGACUAUGGAAAGGGGCAAUCUAGGUGCAGAUGCUUGUGCUGAUUUAAAUUUGAAGUUAAAUGCCUCUGCAGAAGGAUAUGACUUUCCAGUCAAGGAAAUUCCGGUUGAAGGUCCUGUUGACAAAUCUAAAUGUGCUGAUCCAUUUGAAGUAUCUCUUGUUGAUGAAGGUAUUGAUAUACCAAUUGAGGGCGAGUUAAGCCCAAAAGAACUGUCCAGUCAAGACUCUGUUGUGAUGCCUGACAAUGAUCAUUCUAAGGAUUAUGAGACAGAUGAUGAACCAGAGUCUGAUCGCCUACAACUGAAGGGAUCCAACCCAAAUUUACCAAAUGCUCAGAGUUAUGAUUCUGUAGCAAAUUUGAAUUUACUAAAGAAGAAUGUCUCUGAGAGUUCACUUUUGCAUCAUUCAGAAAAUUCAAAGGGAUGGUUCUGGUCACCAUUUGCAGAGAUAAUUGGUAUAGAAAUGAGGGAUCUUCAAAAAUUAUACUUUCAGAAAUUUGAAUGUGUCGGUAGCUAUACUAAGGAAAAUAUACCUGCAGCAUAUCAACUGAUAUCUGAAGAAGGACGAAGACUGCACAUUCCUUUUGGGACAGAUAUUGUUUCGGAUUAUGAGGGUGAAUUCUCAAGCAUAAUUGCUUGUGCACUGGCAUUGUUGAAAGAGGGUGAUGUUGCUACAAAGUCUAUCGAGAGUUUUUACAGUCUUCCCCAUGCUUCUUCAUUUACUUCCUCACGUUGGUCUUCAAAUGCCUCCUCUGAUUUUGAUUCAGCACACUUAACACCAAGUAUUUCAUUAGACGAGUCUCGCUUCUCGAGUUUUGAUGGAUUGAGUUUGCUGGAGUCACUUGUACCUCCUGGAACUGUCAAUCCGGUGGUUCAUCUUGGAUUUGAAAAAUCACUUGGAAAGAGUCGAUAUACAGUUGUAUGUCCCUAUGCCAAUCAGUUUCGUGAUCUCCGAAACAUGUGUUGUCAAUCUGAGUUUGAUUAUAUUACUUCUCUUAGCCGCUGCAAGAAUUGGGAUGCUAAGGGUGGGAAGAGCAAAGCAUUUUUUGCAAAAACACUUGAUGACAGGUUGAUAAUAAAAGAAAUCAAGAAAACAGAAUUUGAAUCAUUCAUGAAGUUUGCUGAGGAUUACUUCAAGUAUAUGAAGGAUUCCUUUCAAGUGGGGAACCAAACCUGCCUAGCUAAAGUUCUUGGGAUUUAUGAGGUUGUUGUAAGAUCAAACAAAGGUGGGAAAGAGGUGAGGCAUGAUCUCAUGGUGAUGGAGAAUCUCACCUAUGGUCGGAAUUUUACUCGCCAAUAUGACCUUAAAGGUGCUCUCCAUGCUCGUCUAAAUACAACUGCCAAUGAUCCGGGCGAUGUUCUUUUGGAUCAGAACUUUGUUAAUGACAUGAACUCUUCUCCACUAUAUGUUAGUGCCACAGCAAAGCGUCUUUUGCUACGGGCCGUUUAUAAUGACACAGCUUUCCUCAACUCGAUCGGUGUUAUGGAUUACUCAUUACUAGUGGUAGUGGACACUCAGCGGCGAGAGCUGGUAUGCGGUAUCAUCGAUUAUCUCAGGCAGUAUACAUGGGACAAGCAGUUGGAGACAUGGGUGAAAACUUCACUUACUCCGAGAAACGUGCUUCCAACUGUCAUCUCCCCAAAAGAGUACAAGAGGAGAUUCAGGAAGUUCAUGUCUGCUCAUUUCUUGAGUGUCCCAGAUGACUGGUGCUCGGGCAAUUCCUCUGGCCACUUUGAACUCGGUCGUGUCAGAGAAUGAUUCUUUUUCACCAUCCAAAUGGUAGGUGACACAAUGGUUUUUCCUUACCCAAUUCAUUUUCUUUAACCUCUCUUGGCUAAGAAUUAGAGCUCUGGUUCAGUUUACAGUCGAUUCGCCAAUACUGUAAAUAAUAGUCUACGUUUUCAUAUGAGUCAACUAUCCUGCCUGCCUGCCCUGUUAUUCUGCAAAUUUUUAGAGAAUUUCUGGGGAUAGAGUCAUUCCUAUUGGGACAAAAUGUGCAGCCAAGUAUAAUUUUUUUCUCUUUCCUUUAUAUUUUGUAUAGCCUUUUGAGAAUAUCAGAGUUGCUUAGUGAGGGACCUGAUGAAUAGUAUCAAUGAAAUAGUUGGCAAAAGUUUUAGCUCAUCAUUCUUUCUUGUACAUGAAAAGCAAAGCUGUUAAUGGAUAUAUAUUUGGUGCCAUUAUAUAAAAUGCUAUAUCAUUUUUUUCUC